ACGCUCUACGUAAUUACGCCUCUAAGAUGAUUGCCAGAAUCGAUUACAAACCAAAAGCUGAGGCUUAAAAGACAGCCCGCUUCUGACACCACACAGAUUCUUGCAACGUAAUGCAGCUACAUCACAUCUACAAUAUGUUAGUUCAAAGUGUUGUACCCUUGCUUGUCUUGACCAUUCUUUCGGUCAGUUCGACCGAUGGGUGUUAUUCUUCUGAUUUCAAGCUGGUAGAAAGAAACUUAGUGGAAGAGCUAUUGGCGGAGAGAAAUUUGGACAAAGAGUAUGCCUCUCUGGUUCUCAAUGACAAAAGAUAUCUUGCGCUAAAAUAUGAGUUAUACAAAUUGGAACAUUUUUUAAAAGAUGAUGCGUGGCACGAAUGGAUAAAGCAAGGUCAUGGAAGAAGUGUAUUUAUAAGACCCGGAAAGAGGUCACUGGAAAACCUGAACGAAUCCACAUCAAGCCAAUCAACUAAAAGAGGGGUUAAAAAACGCCACUGGCAAAGAAAUCUAGAAAGUUCUAGUGGUCAAGCGAAGUUCGUGUCCAAAGCGUCAUUCGCAGUUAUUGUUCUUGGUCUUCUUGUCCAACUAUUCAAGCGCAGACAACUACAUUUGUAUUAAUUCAACUGAAAAAAAGACUUUUUGUUUCAUGAAAA